GAUGUCCGCGUUGCAGUUAGGUUGGAAGCUCUCACGGCCGGCUAUCUCUGCUGCUCCGAUGGCUCUAUCUGCACACGAUCAAAUGAAAGAGUUUUGGAAAAAAAAUGAAAAGUUAAAUAGACCAUCAUCACCAUGGAUUAUCUAUUGGCCACAUUUACCCAUGAUGACAUCUCUCGGUCAUAGAACUACUGGGAUUGUUUUAGGAACUGGCUUGUAUGGAAUUUCCAUCGGUGUAUUUUUAGCACCUGGUGAUUUUAACUCAAUAAUACAAGGUAUUCAAUCGUUGGAAAUAGCAGCACCAAUUAUGUGCGCUCUCAAAUCAAUUGUUGCUUUUCCUUUGGUUUACCAUUACAUAAAUGGGUUAAGACAUUUGUCUUGGGACGCUGGAUAUGGAUUUAAACUUAACACGCAAUACAAAACUGGAAUCUUGGCAUACGGAUCAGCAGCAGCUAUUGCUCUUCUUUUGGGGUCUCUAUCCUACUGGUGA